AUGGUGGAAAUGAGAAAGCCACCAAAUAAAAGUGCUGGCAAAAUUAUAUUUGGAAACAGUCGAACUUGCCCGAAUUUUCGCUCUAAAAGUAAUGAAAUGUCAAUGUUCACGAUUAUAUUUAUUUUUAAACAUCCUGAUCUGAUUCAACAAUUCAUUCAUUCAGGUGUAAAUAUGCAAAUUUUAACUUUGCCCUAA